CCUCCUUCGCCCUUUUGCAGGCGGGCAGCUGCACGUAGCCGCAGCUUCGCUCCCGGGGGGUGAACCCUGCCCUUGGAAGCGGCUGUCGGGUUGUUUUUUUCCUCCUGAAAAAUUUGCCGGUCGUAUCCUGAGGGUUGCUGCUGGUUUGUUGUUUUGUUUCGGUUUCCUACUUCCGAGGGAUGCUGAUGAGUCUCUUUCAAUUUACCGCUAGAAGGUUGGUUUCCCAAGCAUAUUGUGGACUUAAAGCUGCUUCUUCUUCAAAGACACAGAAGUUUCGCUUGGAAAUGGCUCGUCCGAGUUCAAAUAUGGCUGAUUUUCGAGAAGUGUUUGCCAAAGCGAAGCAUAUCGCCAUUAUCACGGGAGCCGGUGUUAGUGCGGAGAGUGGAGUUCCCACCUUCAGAGGGGCUGGAGGUUUCUGGAGAAAGUGGCAAGCCCAGGAGCUGGCUACUCCAGAGGCUUUUGCGCGAAACCCUUCUCGUGUGUGGGAAUUUUACCAUUACCGCCGGGAAGUGAUGCUGAGCAAACAUCCCAAUCCCGCACAUGUUGCCAUUGCAGAGUGCGAAAGGCGACUGAGCAAGCAAGGAAGGAGCGUUGUGGUCAUUACGCAAAAUAUCGAUGAACUACACAGAAAGGCAGGGACAAAGCACCUCUUAGAAAUUCAUGGUAGUUUAUUUAAGACUCGAUGCACCAACUGUGGGAACAUAGCUGCGAAUUACAAGAGUCCAAUAUGCCCCGCGUUGGCUGGGAAAGGGGCUCCAGAUCCUGAAACAGAAGAUGCCACGAUUCCAGUUGAAGACCUUCCUCAGUGUGAGGAGGACGGCUGCAACGGGCUCCUCCGUCCCCACGUUGUGUGGUUUGGCGAGACCCUGGAUCCUGACGUUCUCACAGAGGUCGAGAGGGAGCUUGAUAUUUGUGACCUCUGCUUGGUAGUCGGGACCUCCUCUGUGGUGUAUCCCGCGGCUAUGUUUGCCCCUCAGGUAUCUGCCAGAGGAGUUCCAGUAGCAGAAUUUAACAUGGAAGCUACUCCCGCUACAAACAGAUUCAGGUUUCACUUCCCGGGCCCCUGCGGGAGCACCCUGCCGCCGGCGCUGGCCCGCCACCAGACGGAGAUCAUCUCCUGAGCCCCUCGG